AAGGACAAAAACAUCUUUUACUGUCUCUUUUACAGUGCAUACAUCUCAGCAGACUUGUAGGGACUGAAAAACUGAAAUUAUGAGUUGGAAGCCGCGUGUGAAGUUACUCAUGGAGAAAUAUGAGGCACGUAGUGGUCAGACUGAGGAUACUUCAAGCAGCCGACCCAUGAAAAUCCCAAGACAAGACAUCCCCACAGGAUUACAGACAAGGAAAGCAGCACUUGAGAAACUAGCAAAAAAAGGAAAUUUUGAGUGCUCUUCAGGACCCAGUACCCCUCACAGACCUGUUCAACCUAUGCCUCCUCUGGCAGUCAAGACUUCAAGUGAUGAUAAAACAGAGGAAGAUCCAAACCCACCACAUUUGAACACAGUGGCACAAAGGUUUGGUGUUCAGCUUCAGCCCACUAAGAGAGGAAAUGAUGAAAAAACUGGGUGCACUAAAUUCUCUGUCAAAACCAGUGACCCAUCAAAAGAGGACCCAAAGCCUUUGAACCCAAAACCUGCAUGGAACAAAUUCCUUCCUCCUCCUGAUAAAGAAAAAAAUCCUCUGGGACCAAAACCUAAUUUAAAUUUUGCAUCACAGGAGAAUGAGGCAAAACCAGAAUUUUUAAAAGUAUCUGCAGUUAAGGGAAAAUUAAGGUCUGCAGCACAAGCAAAUGAGCCCAAGCCUCCUGCUUCUAAACCACCUCUUGCACAGAAACCUUCUCUAUGCAAUAAUGUAUCUCAGAAUGAAGACACUUCUAAUAAAAGUGGUUUUCUGCAAAGGCAAUCAGAACCUAGAACAAAUAUACAUGCACUCCAAGAAACAAAGGAAAUGGGUGAAAGUAGUAACUCUGCUGCAGAAGCUGCAGGCAGUCAUUUUCCUAAAAGAGUUCUGAAGCAUGCUUGCCACAGGUCCAGUUUAUCAAAAAAAGCCCCCGAAACUGUGGAAGAAAACACUGAAGAAAAGGGCAUAACUGCUGCCAAGAAAAUCUUCCAGGACAAAAUCAUCCAGGAACAAUCAAGGCCUUCUCAUACAGUCCAUAAGAGCAAUACAGCACUUGCUGCAGGAAGAUCAUCAGGUGAACCUCAAGAGAAAGGGGAUGGGGACCAGAGUUCUAGAAUGCCCAAGAGGCAAAUCUUGCCCCCAUCGUUCAGGCUGGGCCAGCCCCCAAAAAAGCCCAGCAGACCCCCCAGUGUGCACCUGGGGAAAUUCCAGCAGAGCUGCCAAGAAAAGGAUCCUAAAAGUGAAGGUUUGAAAAAGAAGGCACCCUCCUCAGCAGCACUUGCCCCACCAAUACCUCCAUCACAUUCUGCUGUGCAGUUGCCACCUCCUCCACCAGCCUCUCACCCAUCCCUGCAGGUGCCAGCAGCUCCCAGUCUCCCUCCCAGGAACAUCAAACCCACAUCUGAAACAAUAAACCUAGACAGUGAAGAAAAUUAUGAUGACGUUGAAUUUGUGUCAUCAGGUCAUCGAAAUACACAGAGGGGCCAAGAAAGUGAUGGAGAGAUGUAUGAAGACAUUAAUGACAUCAGAUCAUCAAGGGGAAAAGAGAAGAAGUGGGGCAAAGAAGAUAAGAGAAGAAUAGACCAAGAGAAGAAAGAACAAAAGGAAAAAGAAAAGAAAGAAUAUGACCUGAGGAAAAAGUUCAAAUUAACGGGACCCAUUGAAGUCCUUCAUCAGGCACGAGUUUGCGUUGACCACAAGGGAGGGAAGAAUGAACUGACUGUCAAACAGGGGGAUAAGAUUGAAAUCAUUCGCCUCACAGACACCCCAGAAGGAAAGUGGCUGGGCAGGAUAAAAGGAAACUAUGGAUACAUUAAAACAACCAUGGUGGAGAUUGAUUACGAUUCAUUAAAAAGAAAGCAAAAACCAUCUACCAGAGCUGCUGUGAAACAUACAGAGAGUGACCAAGAAAUGUAUGAUGAUGUUGGGGAGCAGGACACUACUAGCAGUCAAAGUGGUGACCAAGGUGGAAGUGGAAACAUGUUCCCACCUCCCCCUUCUGAUCAAGAUAUUUAUGAUGGAAUUGAUGAUGAAGAUGCUACAGCUAGGUCUGUAUCGCAGGAUGAAGAUAAGAGUGGUAUCUGGCCCUGGGGAAUCUUGAAGAGGCUAAAGGUCAAAGAUGGCAAAAAGAAAAGUGUACGAGAAAAAACAGCCAAUGUCAAUGAGGCAGAAGAAAAUGAAAAUUUGUUCACGUCUUCUUCAACAAAGCAGUCUGGAAAAGAUUAUGGAGACAAUGUUUAUGAUGACGUCGAUUCUUCAGACUUCCCUCCUCCGCUGUCUGAUCUCAGUUCAUCAAAAUCAGGAAGCUUUGGAAAACCUAAGUCAGAUGAAAGAGAUGCACAAAAGCUCAAGGUGGAAAAAGAGGAGAAAGAGUUCAGAAAAAAGUUUAAGUUUGAUGGUGAAAUAAAAGUUCUUUACUCUACAACCACAGUCCAGGAUUUGUCUCAGAAAAGAUGGGGAUAUAAAGACUUACAAAUUAAACCAGGGGAAUCUCUUGACAUUAUUGAAAGCACAGAUGAUACCAAGGUCCUCUGCAGGAACAAAGAAGGAAAAUAUGGCUAUGUUCUGAGAAGCAAUUUGGUUCAGAAUGAUGGAGAGAUUUAUGACGAUAUUGGUGAUGAUUGCAUCUACGAUAAUGAAACUGAUGCUGAGUUAUUUUGAAAUAACAAUUUAAUUGAAGAUCAAACUCUAGUUUGGAACCCCACUUGUGAAAGCAAGAGUCAUGGAUGCUGACUGCAAGUUAAUUGGUUGCUCUUUCAAAUGUACAAUGAACCUUUUUUGGGAUUUCAGCCUUUUGUCCUUCAAUGCUUUAUAAAAAUUUGUUUUUCCAUUUAUCUAAACAUUUAAAAUUCAGGGAAUAUGAACUAAAGUUAGGGAUGUAAUUUGUCACUUCCUUUCCACAUUUCUGACAGUCCAUGUAGAAACAGUUCUUUAAUUAUUUAUUGCCAAAGAGGCCAGCUCACAUCUGUGAAGGGUCCUGAGAACAACAAUCCCUGGUUUUACUCUGGCUUUUAUCUAUCAAACAUCAAAGACAGCCACCAUACGUAAUACAGUGUUCUGGGAAAAAAAAAAAAAAAAUGGUGAUAACAUCCUGUUGUGAAAAUAAGAAACCAAAACAAACAUCAGAGAAAGCAAUACAUCACUGACCUGCCAUUCCAACUGCAAUAGUGUUCACUACACUGACAUAUGCAGCCAUGUUCCAUUAUGGCAAACAUCUCUUCUUAUGUGUUGUACUGAUGAUAGAAUUUCAUUCUCUAAAAUUUAUAUGAAGUCUACUUUAGAAUAUAUAUACUUAGAACAUUUAGGUUAAGAUUUAAUUUCUGUUUAGUUUGAAGAUAAGUUGUUACUAUGGUAAUAUAGGUACUAUAAGCUAUAAACUGAUGAUAAAGUGUUUGGAAAUUACUUCUAGAAAAUUACUUUUACUAAAUAUAUAGGUAUAUUUAUCACUCUAGUUUGAUAAUGCCCUCUUUUUAACUACUUUAGUUUAAUACUAGAUUUGGUUAAGAAAGAGUACAGAAAUCAAACAUUUCUAUGCUUAUCCAUUGGAGAAAUAACAUUUAUUCCUAAAGUUCAUUUUUGAUAAUCUUGUCUGAAUGACCAAGUUGCAAAUAAAAACAAAGUCAACAGGUAACUCAUAAAAAUUAAAAUAAUUUUACCCUUGUAUAUCAAAAGUCACUGGAAAUCAAAGGACAUUUAUGGUAAGCUCCCAAUAAAGAGGGUGAGCGUGUGCAAAAAAAAAUGGAACAGAUGUUGCUUUUGCUGUACUGUAAGUUAAUUAAAACCUGUAACAACCAAUGUGGCUGGAUCAGCAUAAGGAGCUCUUUUGAUGAUAGAGUCUCCUAUAAUCCUGAAGGGAAGUCAGGUACAUUGUGCAACACAGAAAGUUUAGUUUAUAAACACAAGAAAUUUUGGCUCUGUUAAGUCAGUGACUUUUGGUCUCACCUUCAGUGGAACCGAGAUUGCAUCUUAUAAAAGUGUCUUUUAUUGCUGCUUCAAAAUACAGUAAAUCUCAAAGGAGGCAUAAUACAGUGGGGAUAUCAAACAUAAAAAUAAGAGACAGUAGCUCAUAAGCUAUCUAUUUCUGUAUGUAGAGUCACUAUACUGAAAAGCUAUAUGCAAACUUGACUUUCUCAUUGCUAUUUUUCUUAUCUAUUUGCUAUUCAACAGCAUCCAGGCAUCAAAUACCAAUUUUAUGUAUGAACAUCGGCAGCAGCACCCAAAUAUAAAACAUGACCUUGCAUAUUAAGUGCAAUGAAUGUCUGACUAUCUGACUGUCACUGCUAAUGGAUUAUUUAUUUUUCAGUGGCAUUCAAGAGGCUUUCUGCAUUAAAUUAGUGAUAUGCCAAAGAACUGAGUGGGCAUGCAGGCAACUAAACAACUACUUCGAUUUUCCAUGUUCUUAGUGUUAAUGUGUGUAGGCAAUUCUGUAUCAAUAGUACUCACUAAAUUGGUCAUAUGAUACAUUUAAUAAUGAAAAGAAAUAAAUAUAUGUAUGGCUAAAACUGUAUGCAUUGGUUGUUCAAAUCAAACAUAAUGUGAUUGCUGCAGGGUGUUCAAUGCUGGAUGCUUUUUUUUCUUAUGAAAAAAAGUAUUUCUUCUGAAUAAACUUUUAUUCUGGCAUGAAA